AUUGCAACUAGGCUGAAUACGAGGCCAGCCCUGCUCUGCUCUGCUUGUGCUUGCUGGCCUCACCUCGAAUCUAUCAAGGGUGAAUUUCUACCUCCUUUUUGCUUGCGCGUCCUCGAUCCUUUUUCGCGCAUCUGACCCUCUUCUUCCUUCUGCACAUCUGGGGGCCCAUUGUCGUUCCUUCUCUACUCCGCUUUGGGAUAUUUAAUUGUUCACAGCCAGAAUUGGGGUCAAACUUCUGGCUCUUUCUUGGUUACGAAACGAGGAUUACGGUUUCCUCUUCAUCCGGACUUUGAUCUUCUACCACUAUGGCCACAGGGUCCGCCAGAUACUUGAGAUAUAUUCUCUUCGCCUUCUUUGGGCUUGCUGUCAUCUACUUCAUAUCUUCUUCUUCGACUCAACGAUUACCGUCUACGAACGAGAUUCUUAAUGGUGCCGGGAAAGGAUGGAACAACGUUCCAACGAAAGCCGGAGUCUCGGGAAGUGCUGCUGCUGCAGCCCCCGCUGCAACUGGAAUAACGCCCAAUGUUCCGGAAGGUCUUCCAGAAGCUACCGCAAAUGGACCAAGGGCAAAUGCGACAUUCGUCACAUUGGCACGAAACUCUGACAUAUGGGAAAUUGCACGAUCUAUCCGCCAAGUUGAAGACAGGUUCAACCGCAAGUACCACUACGACUGGGUCUUCCUCAACGAUAAACCGUUUGACGCUACUUUCAAGAAAGUUACCUCCUCCCUUGUUUCAGGCAAAACCCAUUACGGGGAGAUUCCAAGGGAACAUUGGUCAUUCCCAGAGCAUAUCGAUCAGGAAAAAGCUCGAAAGGUUCGAGAAGACAUGGCUGCAAAGAAGAUAAUUUAUGGAGAUUCCAUCAGUUAUCGUCAUAUGUGCAGAUUCGAGUCUGGCUUCUUCUUCCGUCAACCACUGAUGCUUAACUACGAAUACUACUGGAGAGUUGAGCCAAGCAUUGAGCUAUACUGUGACAUUAACUAUGAUGUUUUCAAGUUCAUGGAGACCAACAAGAAGAAGUACAGCUUCGUUCUGAGUUUGUACGAAUACGUCGAGACUAUCCCUACCUUAUGGGAUAGUACCAAGAAGUUCAUGAAGGCUCAUCCUGAGCACAUCUCCCAGGAUAACUCUAUGGGAUUCUUGAGUGACGAUGGCGGAGACUCAUACAACCACUGUCACAUGUGGUCCAAUUUUGAAGUUGGGAACCUCAACUGGCUCCGCUCCCAGGCUUACAUAGAUUACUUCGAGACUCUUGACCAAGAUGGUGGAUUCUUUUACGAACGCUGGGGUGAUGCGCCAGUUCAUUCGAUUGCUGCUGGUCUUCUAUUGAACAAGGAUGAGAUCCACUUCUUCAACGACAUUGCGUACUACCAUGUUCCAUUUACUCACUGUCCUACUGGGGAGAAGGUGAGACUUGACUUAAAGUGUCACUGCAAUCCCAAGGACAACUUUGACUGGAAAGGAUAUUCUUGUACUUCUCGAUUUUUCGACAUCAAUGGUAUGGAGAAGCCGGAAGGAUAUGAGAACCAACAAGAUUAGUGCAGCAUCAAUGUAUGAUAUCCAGUGAUGACAAAAAAAAUUUGAUCUACCAGGCAUGGUUAGGAAAGGCGGCGUUACUGUGUACUGUGUACGAAUUAAGUCCCUAAGAUCGCGUGUACAUAGUUCUCGGUUUGGACAGCUCAGGGACUGGGAAACGCUGGAUUGGGAACGGCACGAAUAGACACUUUGAUUA